CUUUGGGCAGAGGUGUCAUGAUACAGAGAGAGAGCACUCGACCCAGCUGGGGGAAGGGAGACUGCUGAGGUAGUGAACUGACACUAGAGGAGUAUGUGAGGUUGUGGAGUGCAUCUCUAUCGCUCUGUCUCUGUCUGUCCCUCCCUCUCUCUUUCUCUCUGUGUCUCUCUCUCUCUCGGACGGGGGCAGGGGGGAGUCAGGCAGGGCUGUCCAGUAAAGCUAUCCCAGGGCUCAUAAGGAAGGGGAAGGAACAGAAGAGAAGAGAAGAGAGGCUGCUGCUGUGUGCAGCUUCUCCCAACGCAGUCCCCUCUCUUCCUCUUUCUUUCUUUCCUUCCUUCUCUCUCUUUCCACUGAAAACACGGAGCCCAACAUGGAGCCCAACAGUCCUAAGAAGAUCCAGUUUUCUGUGCCUAUGUUUCAGAGACAGCUGGACCCUCAGGCAUCGGAGCAUAUCCGUAAGAGGAGACCUACACCAGCUACCCAUGUCAUCUAUCUUCCACCAGACCUAACUGCAGCAGAUGACAAGCAGAUGACGAGUCAUCAAGGAGAGGUCCAGAGUGCAGAGUCGUCUCCUGCUCAGAGGAAACAUAGCGUCUACACUCCACCCACCAUGAAAGGCAGAGAGCCCACAGACUGCUGUAGAGGCCACGGUGAGGACAGAGAUAGCCUGCCUCCUAGCAGACUACCCCAGUCCCACACAGACACACUGGCCCUAGCAGAGGAGCUAUCAGAGGACCUGCCACGACUGGCAGACACACCGAGGCGCAAAGACACCCCCUACCAACACCAGCCUCCCUUGACUCCAGGGGUCAAGCUGCUCAAGAGCAAAUCAAAAGUAUCCUUCCCUGAGGAGGAGGAAGAGAAAGAGGAGGGGGAGGAGGAAGAGGAGGAGGAGAAAGAGAAAGAGGAGGAAGAGGAGGAGGAGGAAGACAAGCAGAAUAACUAGGAUCCAAAGUGAAGAGGAACACAAACUGUAGAACCAUGUUUCUGAUGGUUCAAAGUUCAUACACAUGACUGGGUUAAGAACUCUUGGUUAGAAAUUGAGCUAAACUUGAUCAGGUUAUCAUUUCUAAUCUGAUAAUCCAUUUUAUUCAGCCUUCAUUGUUGAGGUCAAGAAAGGACAAUUUAAUUUCUCUGCACUGCAUCUCAAACUCUUCUUUUAAGUCUUGGUUAUGUAUGGUUAUGUAUGGUUGAUUAUCGUUAGAUAUUGUAAUAAGAGAGUAUAUGUGGGGAACAUAAACAGCAAUACUGACUGAUAUGCAGUGAACGUUCACUGGAAAUAUACAGAUUUUAGUUUUUAUUUUCUUAUAUUUUGGGCUUCUCACAUUGUCAUCUCAUAAUGUAAAAACACUUGCUGAUAUCUGAUAUUUCACAUAUAUUUUUGUAAUAUUUUAUACUGAAACUGGGCUUUUGUACAUACAGUGUAACAGACUUGUGUACUACAGGACUCUGAGGUACGAACAAAGACGUCCUGCAAACAAGGGGCUUCUCUGGAGUUCUGGGUUGUCUUAAGUCCUAAUAAAGUUACUCAUUUUAUCAACACUUGGCGAAACCUGUAUGUUUCUUCAUCCUUCAUUAUUGUAUAAAAAUGACAAACAAAUGUCAUUUCUAAAGCCUCAUGGACACUUAAUAUAACACCUAUUGCCAAACCCUCUCUUCUGAAUGGCAAGCAGCAUUAUUUUAGUAGGCUAAUUGUUAUCUCAGCAAAUUAAUUAUGUGAAGAUUCCAUAACAAAAAAUAAAACAUUUUACCCAUA